AUGGCAGCCUGCACGCGAACCAACACGGGGGACACGGAGACGCUGGUCGACGUGCUGCACCCGUCGCACGCCGGCCGCACGGCGGUGGUGCUGCCCGAGGCCGCGCAGUCGCUGACCUACGCCCAGCUGGCGCACGAGGUGUCCCACGCGCGGGACGCGCUCAGCGCGGCCGGCCUGGGGCGCGGCGACGUCGUGGCCAUGGUCCUGCCCAACUGCCUCGAGUUCGUCGUCUGCUGGCUCGCCACCACCAACGGCCGCUCCAUCGCCGCCCCGCUCAACCCCGACUAUCGGCUGGAUGAGUUCAAGUUCUACUUGGAGGACACGGAGGCCAAGGCGGUGAUCGUGCCCCGAGGCGGCCGCGCCGCGGUGGCGGUCGAGGCGGCCCAGCAGCUGCGCGUGCCCGUGUGGGAGACCUGGGCCGAGGUCGACGCCUCGUCGGGCCGCGUGCGCGUGGGCCUCGAGUCGGUCGAGCCCCUGCCCGUGCGCCGGGCCACGGCCUCCGAGCUGCGCGUCGCCCCCGAGCCCGAGGACGUCGCGCUCUUCCUGCACACCAGCGGCACCACCGGAAGGCCCAAGGGUGUGCCGCUCACGUACAGGAAUCUGGUGACGAACCUGCGCAACAUCAGCCGCCACUACCGGCUCACGCCCGACGACAGGUCGCUGAUCGUCAUGCCCCUCUUCCACGUCCACGGACUCAUCGGCGGUGGUUCGGUGGUCAUCCAGCCGGGCAAGUUCUCGGCCACGACGUUCUGGCGCGACUUCCUGUCGAACGAGUGCACCUGGUACUCGGCCGUGCCCACGAUCCACCAAAUCUUGCUGGCCCGCGCCGACAAGGACUACACCACCUCCGGCAAGCUCCGCUUCAUUCGCUCCUGCUCGUCUGCCCUCGCCCCCGCGGUGUUCAAGCAACUGGAGGAGCGGUUCAAGGCGCCGGUGAUCGAGGCCUACGCGAUGACCGAGAACUCGCACCAGAUGACGUCCAACCAGCUCCCGCCCGGCAAGAGGAAGCCCGGCUCCGUCGGCCAGGGCACCGGGGUGGAGGUGACGAUCAGGGACGACAGCGGGAAGGAGCUGGCGCAGGGCGAGAAGGGCGAGGUGUGCCUGCGCGGCCCGACCGUGACCAGGGGCUACCACAACAACCCGCAGGCCAACAAGACCGCCUUCCACGAGGGCCGCUGGUUCCGCACGGGCGACCAGGGCUUCUUCGACGAGGACAAGUUCCUCGUCUUGACCGGACGCAUCAAGGAGCUCAUCAACCGCGGUGGCGAGAAGAUCGCUCCCUCCGAGAUUGACUCGGCGCUGCUGUCGCAUCCGGAUGUGAGUGAGGCGGUGAGCUUCGGCGUGCCGAGCGACAAGUACGGGGAGGAGGUGGAGGCGGCGGUGGUGCUCAAGGGCGGCCGCGAGGGCGGCAAGGCGGUCGAGGAGGCCAUCCUCAAGCACUGCCACGCCAAGCUGGCCGCCUACAAGUGCCCGCGUCGGCUCUACAUCGCGAAGGACCUGCCACGCACCGCCACGGGCAAGAUCCAGAGGCGGCACGUCGCCACCCACUUCCUCAAGAACUCCGCCGACAGCGACAAGUCGCUCAAGAAGGCCAAGCUGUAG